AUGGCAGCCAUUGUUCGUCUUGGUUUUUCCUUAUCCUUCUUCCUUCUUUUCCUUGUCCCCCUUACUCUAUCCCGCACUCUCACGUACAUGUAUGAGUUGACCGCAGUCCCGUCCGAUUUCUCGAGUCUCAAAAACUUCCAAGGUUCUAAAAAGGGUGAUAACAUCAAAGGACUCUAUCAAGUCAUGAAAUAUAUCAACGAGUUCGGUUAUCUCCCUCUUAAUCAUAACAAGAAUGAUGAAUUCGACGAAGAAUUGGAGUCUGCAAUCAUGACCUAUCAACUCAAAUACAACCUUGAGGUCACUGGAGUUUUAGAUUGUGGUACGGUGUCAAAAAUGAUGGCUCCUCGUUGUGGGGUAGUGGACAUCUUCAAAGGCCCUAAAACACUGUUCCAAUGA